UGGGAAGGAUGCUGCUGUUCUGGGGGUCACUGCUAUGCUGGGAACUACUGUCCCAGACUCAAGGGGAGGCCCAGCACCUGCUCUUCCUGCGAAUCAGCAAGGAUCAGGUGAAAACAGAUAUUUCAGACCUGUUUUCGGAAAACCACAUCCUGGAUCGCAUGGCCAGGAUGCCUGUGACGGGGGCCACAGGUGAAGGCGUCGCCAUCCUGGACCACCUGCCCUUCAUAAAAGAAGGCCUUUCCAAGAAGAGCAGUGGGCUUGACCUGUCGCUGGUCGGGAACCUUCUCUCAGGGAAGAGCCUCCCACUGCUGGCGGAGCUGCUCCAGGCCGGCGGGUUGAUUAUAGAAGAUGCCAAAGGACCUGAGGUCACCCUGCAAAUCCUGAGCAACAGCCUGCUGCAGGUCACACUGCGAUGCAAACUGUACUUUUCGCUCCAGGAGAUCCUGCGGUUCAGAAUCAUCAAGAACAUCCGCAUCGGGGUACGGCUGGAACAGAUGGAGAAUAAGACCAAAGUGGCCUUCGAGGAGUGCCACACCCCACCAGGAUACCUGAGCAUCAAGGUUCUGGAGCAGAUGGACUCCCUCCUGGUGAACAAAGCUCUGGGGCUGGUGACAGGCGUCUUGGACAAGGAGUUGCCCUUCCUCCUGCAGAAGAUAGUGUGCCCUCUGGCCACGACCCUCCUCAACUCACUGCUGGAAAGCCUGUUGUACGUCACUCUGCCCCCACACACCUCGGGCCCAGAAGACUUCCAGUACCAUGUGACCGCCACAGAGCUCACAGAGGAGGCCAUCCUGAUGAAAGUCCAGCUUAUAACCCCCUGUGGCCCAGGCCAAAGAUCCCUAAGGUCUGACCACCUGGCCUGGCAGCCGCUCCCAAAAUUAGCCCAAGGCAGCAUGGCAGACCUGGCCUUUUGGCUGGAAACCUACAAUGACAUCCUGUCCUGCCUCUAUGCCAGCAAGGAGAUCCAUGUGGACCCUCAGGACCCCAUGGCCGCCGACCUCAUUCAGCUGUUGUCAAUGAGAGAACAGGAGCACAGACCCCAGACUUCUAAUCAGUCCAAAGGGAAUGUGGGACUGACCAUCAGCACCCCUGACCCUCCCACUGUCCACCUUGAAGGCCAUCUGACCAAGGUCAUCCAGCCGGGCUCCCUGGUGCUGCUGGGGCCCAGCAACACCUCCUCUGUCUCAGUUUCCUGGAAACUCCUUUCAACAGCUAUGUUUUCCUCAAGAAAUCAGAAAUUAAAACUCCAGUUCAUUCCCAACAGUAGCACCACAGUCACCCUGGGCGCCUACCCUGCUGGCCUGGCAAAGCAGGAAAUACGUCUGAAGGCCCUUCUCUUAAAGCUUCUAAGGAGGUCAUUUUUGCCACAUCACAAUGAGCUGCUCAGAGAACAAGACCUCCCACUGCCCAACAUCAAGGGCAUCUCCUUUGGCCAGGCCCGAAUGGAGCCCUCCGAGGUAAAUGCUGGGAAAGGAGCUCGUUGA